CUGUUCUGUUGCAGACAGCAGCAAAACCAUGGAGGCCGCCGUGCCCCCAAUGUCAGCUCCGCUCUGCCUGGUGCACAACCAGGACUGCAAGCUGUCCCUCAACCCCGCAGCGCUGGCAGUUCUGCGCGGCGCCACUCAGCCAGUGGUGGUGGUGGCCAUCAUUGGGCUUCCUAGAACUGGGAAGUCCUUCCUGAUGAAGCGAAUGGCACAGAAGUGCACCAGCUCCCCACUGGGCAGUGCGGUGCAGAAGCAAACAGAGGGCAUCUGGAUGUGGUGUCUGCCGCACCCGUGCAAACCUGGCGUGACGCUGGUGCUGCUGGACACCGAGGGGCUGGGAAACCCCUGCAGUGAUGACAUCCACAACAACACCUGGAUCUUCACGUUGGCGCUGCUGCUUUCCAGCACCCUGGUUUACAACUGCAUGCGCACCGACAUCCUCACGAUGCUGGAGGGCUUGAGUUUGCUGACAGAUCUGAAGAAUUACGUGCGUGUGCGAGCGCAGGCGGAUGGCACAGAGUGGCCAGAAGAUGAGUUUGCCCGUGUCUUCCCUGACUUUGUCUGGGUCGUGCGUGACUUCAAGCCGCAGGAGGGCGAGCGGCCCUUCAUCGUGGAUCAGAUACUGCUCCCAUGGAACAGUAAGGCAGUCACUGUGCGUCCCCAUCUGUCACUGUGUGUCCCUAAGGGCAGAGCACUGCUGACAUGCAGCGUCUGAGGCGCAGACUCAGAUGUGAAUGAUCCAAGUCCUUUA